CAAUCCGCCCAUCCCCCCACCCCCCCCCCCGCCUCUCUAUCUCAGAUUCACGAAUCUGUCGACCUCCCUCUGCAACUGCAAACUCGCAAGAAUUCUCUCUAUUUUUUCUCUCUCUCUCUCUCUCUCUUGCAAGAAUCUCUCACAAAAAUGUAACCCAUGUAAGAUCUGAGCCUGCCCUCCUCGGCUGGCUUCUUCUACAACUAUAACGCACAUACGCACAGAUUCAGUGCAUCACGAUUUCCAUUUCUCUCUGACCAUGAACGACAACAGUACUCUCUCUUCUUCUUCUUCUUGUUCUGCGUCCUACCAGAAGAAGGCCUUCCAUUCGAUGCUAGCAUCGAGGCUGACCCACCUCCACAUCCCACAAUCCACUUCCGCGGCCGAGGAUCCCUCUCAAGAUUUCGAUUUCUCCGACCUCUUUGGCCCAGCCGCCUCAUCUCCUUCUUCCUCCUCCUCUCUCUUUCUCGGAGACCCACAAGUUAUACACCACCGCUCCCACUCCUUCGUGGGCCCUUCUCCCCGUUUCACGCUCUCCAAGUCCCUUCCCACCUUUGAGCAAGACGAGCGGGAGGAGCUCUACUAUUCUUCCUCUGAUGAUACUGCUAAUAACGAUAUGAAAGACGAAGCCCGUGAGGAGGGUAGUGGGAGCGUUUGUGGUGGGGAUGGGAUGAACGGGGUGGUGGAGAAUGGUGGAAUUGACGGGGUGAAGAAGGUGGGGCCUGCGGAUUUCGAGAUUAUGAGGGUGAUUGGGAAGGGCGCGUUUGGGAAGGUGUUUCAGGUAAGGAUGAAGGGCAGGAGUGGUGGUGGUGGUGAUGGUGAUGGGAUUUUUGCAAUGAAAGUGAUGAGGAAGGAUACAAUAAUCAAGAACAAUCAUGUUGAUUACAUGAGGGCUGAGAGGGAUAUUCUCACCAAGGUGGUGCAUCCUUUUGUCGUGCAGCUCCGGUACUCGUUUCAGACGAAGUCUAAGCUGUAUCUCAUCCUGGAUUUUAUAAACGGUGGCCAUCUCUUUUAUCAUCUCUACAGGCAAGGGAUUUUCAGUGAGGACCAGGCAAGGGUUUAUACUGCUGAGAUUGUAUCUGCUGUUUCGCAUCUUCACAAGAACGGGAUUGUGCAUCGAGAUCUAAAACCUGAAAACAUUCUCAUGGAUGCUGAUGGGCAUGUAUUGUUAACUGAUUUUGGACUGGCAAAGGAGAUUGAUGAAUCGAGCAGAUCGAAUUCACUGUGUGGGACGACAGAAUAUAUGGCUCCAGAAAUCUUACUAUCUAAAGGGCAUAACAAAAAUGCUGAUUUGUGGAGCAUCGGGAUCCUUUUGUAUGAAAUGCUCAGUGGCCAGGCGCCAUACACGCAUCCGAACAGAAAGAAGCUCCAGGAGAAAAUCAUCAACGAAAAACUGAAGCUUCCACCUCGCUUGAGCAGCGAGGCUCAUUCUCUGCUUAAAGGGCUGCUUCAAAAGGACCCGUUGAAAAGAUUAGGAAGUGGGCCAAAGGGAGCUGAAGAGAUCAAAGCCCACAAAUGGUUUCGGACAAUCAACUGGAAGAAACUAGAGGCAAGAGAACUACAGCCAAAAUUCAAGCCAGACGUGAGCGGAAAAGACUGCACAGCUAAUUUUGAUCGAUGUUGGACGGCAAUGCCUCUCGAUGACUCCCCUGCUCCUACUCCGACAUCCGGUGAGCAUUUCCAUGGGUAUACGUACGUGGCGCCUAAUCCCUGGCUUUCCUCUGAAUGAAGAACCAAGUUUAAGUCAAUGUAAGGAAACUUGGAAAGGCUGUCUUAGCUUUGCUAUUUACUCUUGUUUCUCCAUACAAGAUGUGUAUCAGAUAGUCCUUCUGUUGUCAUGUUAGUUAAUUCAGUUAGUUACCUAGUUCAAACUAUUUGUUCUGAAAGGCCUUACUUUUUGUCCGAGAAAAUUAUUUUCCAGUGUAGCUUUGUUUGGUAGAAUCGAGUCAAUCACAUAAUAUGUAUAAUUAUACUUAUCAUUCUCAUGUGAUUAAUUACUCUUUUUAAACGGCAA